AUGCCCGAUAACACGCCCGCCGUGACCCCGUACAACUCCGCCAACCCGCACGACCGCUUCGGCGACGACCUGCUCCUUCAAAUCGUCGGCAACCAGGACCCGCGCGACCUGAUCGCCGCGUCCCAAGUCUCCAAGGCAUGGCGUCACCUCCUCGUUGACGCCAAGUCAGGCACUGCGUGGCGCAAGUCAUGUCAGGAGGCCAAUGCCGACGAGGGCGACCACUGCGCUGCCGUUCAGUCCAGUUUCGGUCCCGACGCCCCCGACCACUUCCAGUUCUGGCGCAGGCUAGCAUUCCAGGACGCCCGCCUUGCUCGUGCGUGGGAAACGGGCCCAACUGGCAAGGCUAUCUACCACAACAUCAUGUCCGCCAUCGAAGACGACUCCACGUCCGGUGUCUUGCUGGCAUAUGACGACAUGGACGAAAGCUUUGCGGGGUUGGUUGAUCGGACCACGCUUGCUCCCAUCAUCCCCUACAUGCUUCCUUACGACACCGAGGCUGCCAAUGGGUUCUUGAUCAGCACUGAAGACCUGGGGCCGGUAUUCACUGGCGACGCCAUGGAGCACGAGUUCACGAUAUCAAAAAUUUGUUACAGCCAAGUCAUGACGGACAUCAAGUACAAGGUCGUCGAGAUCCCUGGCAAGGGCCUGGGCGUCGUGGCCACAGCCGACAUCGCCAUCGGUACCCGCAUCAUCGCCGAGGACCCCAUUCCUGAUCUUGAGAGCCUCCGGACAGAGACCGAGACUGAUGCUAGCCUUAUGCGUAGCGUCAAAUCCCUUUCGCCAGAGAACCAGCGUCUUUUUCUGGGUCUCUCCAACUGUCACACCGAUGCGGCGAACAAGUUUUCGGGAAUUUUCAAGACCAACGCUUUCCAGUGCGGACUUGGCUCGCCGAAUGCUGGCAUCUACCCAAUCAUCUGUCACGUCAAUCACUCGUGCCGCCCCAACGCCUUCGCCAGCUGGAACGAGGACCUCAAGAAGGAGACGCUUCACGCCUUCCGUGACAUUCCGAAGGGCGAGGAGAUCACCAUUGGCUAUCACCCGUCAAUCUUUAUGGCGCCCCACGCCCAGCGGCGUGAUGACCUCAAGAACAAGUUCAAUUUUGACUGCUAUUGCGACGCCUGUUCCCUUUCCCCCGAGGAGCUCACGUCCAGCGAUGCGCGCUGCACCGCGAUUCGCGAGUUCGACGCGUUCAUGAACAGCCCUAUGAACAUCAUUCGCAGCAAGCCGGCCGAUCUCAUCCGCCGCGCCGACAUCGUGCUCGCCGUGCUGCCAAAGGAGUUUGGCUCCGAGUACAGCCCUAUCGCGAUGCAGACGUACCAGGACAUUCUUCAAGCGCUCGCAGCCCACGGCAGCAAGUCCCAUAUGACCUCGUAUGGCAUGCACGCCCACAAGGCCGCGGGCAUUCUUCAAGGCUAUGACCACCCGAACACUAAGCGCAACAAGAAGACGGCCAUGGACCCCACGUCGCACCCCAACUUUGGAGCCUACGCCAGCCCCAUGGGACAGAUGAUGGCUGCGAUGGCAAGGCGAUGA